AUGGCACAAACAAUGAAGGCAGUAGUAUUCAAAGGCCCAAAAUGGAUCGCAGUAGAAGAACGGCCAAUCCCGCAAAUCCAGGAAUCCGACGAUGUCAUCUGUAAAGUCGAUUAUGCGGGGCUGUGUGGAAGUGAGCUACAUGUUUAUCGAGGCGUUGAGAAGAAAGAUGUGACUGGAUUCAUCAUGGGACAUGAGUUCGUGGGGACAGUAGUAGAAGUUGGAUCUGCCGUAACCAGCGCCAAAGUCGGCGACAAAGUUGUGGCGCCAUUCACGAUCUCGUGUGGAACAUGCUUUUAUUGCAAGAACGGACAAUCGUCCCGCUGUGACAAAUGCAAGCUCUUCGGGUCCCCAGUCCUUGAAGGAUCUCAAGCCGAGUAUGUGAGGGUGCCACUCGCCAACGGAACAAUCAGCAAGGUCGCGGAGGGUGUGCCAGAGGGUAUGUAUAUUCUUAUGGCUGAUAUAUUCCCAACAGGCUACUUUGCUGUUUCUAAUGCAAUCAAAAUGCUCCCACCCUCACAAGCUCCAUCGGAUGCGACAUUUGUGAUUCUUGGUCUCGGACCUGUGGGUAUUUGUGCAUUGGUAGCUCUUAUGUCUUUCAGUCCCAAACAGGUAUUCGUGAUAGACUCCGUCGAGUCUAGGCUCGAGCUUGCAGCUUCACUUGGUGCCCAGCCGCUCAAUUUCGGUUCAUAUGAAGGCGGCAUUGACGGGAUUAAGAGGCGUAUACAAGACGCCACUGAAGGAAGGGGUGCAGAUGCUGUUAUUGAGAUUGUGGGUUCGAGUAAAGCCUUAAGGUUUGCAUAUGACUUAGUUCGACCAUGGGGAGGUAUUAGCAGCAUUGGAGUUCACAAUGCGGAGUUGCCAUUCUCCGGAGCAGAAAUGUACGCGAAGAACCUGAAACUACAAUUUGGGAGAUGCCCUGUGAGGUCAGUCUAUGAUGAGGCGCUCAGCUUGUUGAAGAAUCAUUUUGAGAAGCUUCGAUUCUUGACAAACUACCACAUGAGCCUGUCGGAUGCUGUGGCGGCAUAUGAGAAAUUUGAUAAGGCUGAAGUCCAGAAGGUCAUAUUUCGCUUCUGA